GAGCUCAUUUCAUUUGCUUCAGGUUCGUCGCUUGUGCUGUGUCGAACAUCAACACUAGGUCAGAUCGUCAUGAUCGGGAGCGACUACGUGCUUGAGGCACACAACAUCUACCACACGACCGAGGUUGAUACGGGCGGGUGCUUCAAUGGCGGCGGCCAGUCAGCGCUCGUGCUGAAGGGAGUGCAUCUGACCGUGCACAGCGGUGAGGUGAUGGCCAUCCUCGGCUCGAAGGGCAGUGGAAAGCGUGCCCUGCUCGAUGUUAUCGCCCGCCGGUCGGAUGGAUCGUCCCGCGGCCAGGUACUGCUGAAUGGGGCACCGCUGACGAAGUCACUGUUCCAGCAGCGGUGCGGAUAUGUCACGCAUGCCUGUGACUUUAUUCCCGGGCUGACGGUUUCCCAAACGCUUCACUACACACCAACGAUCUUGGGAGGUUAUCUGAAAAGCUCCAAAGUACGCCAGGUGCUGGCCGAUCUUGCCCUGUCGCAGGUGUCCCACAAGAAGGUGGAAAAUCUCAACAUCAGUGAGAAGCGCCGGCUCGCGAUCGGUAUUCAGCUGGUGCGCGAUCCGGUGAUGCUGCUGCUGGACGAACCGACGCAAGGGCUUGAUCCGCUUAGCGCUUACCUGCUGAUUAGCAUACUGUCUAACUCGGCCAAGAAAACGGGCUGUGGUAUAUUGCUUUCGCUCGAGAAGCCACGGUCGGAUGUGUUCCCCUUUUUAGAUAGGGCAUUAUUCUUGUGUCUGGGAGGUGCUGUUUACUCUGGCGGUACUCGCGCCAUGCUGGAGUACUUCCACGGUAUUGGUUUCCCGUGUCCCCAGCUGGAAAAUCCUCUCAUGUACUAUCUAUGCCUGUCCACGGUGGAUCGAAGAUCGCGCGAUCGCUUCCUGGAGUCAAGCCAGCAGAUUGAAGCGCUGGUGGAACGAUUCGCCCGUGAAACGCCCAUCCCGGAAGCACCGAUUAACCCGAUCGGUAGUGGCAAAAUACCGCUGGCGUACGGAAAACCGGGCGAGCUGAAAGUAUGGGGCAUCCUUUAUCUACGACUUCUGGCGGCCACGUUCUCCUGCGGAUAUGCUGGUAUGAAGGCACUGUUCCUGCGUCUUCUCGCGCUGCCAGCUACGAUGGGGCUGCUGUGGCUGUUCUACGGCCAAACUGGCGACGAUGCGCACGGAUUCUUCAGCAAGGGUGGUCUCAUCCUAAGCGUACUGGCACUCAGCUACGGUGUCGGCAUAUGGGCAACAAUCUCACUGUUUCCACCGUGGAGAAAACGCUUCUGCCAGGAGUAUGCGGAGGGCCUUUACACUGGCGCAACGAUGCUGAUCGCGUACAACACCGUUUCGAUACCGUUCUCCUUCAUCUCGUCGGCCGUCGCUGCCUGUGUGCUGUACCCGCUCGUCCUGGAUCCGUCCAAUCCCGACGGUAUGACGUUCACGUAUCUGCUGGUAGCGCUCUGGACCAGCUUCAUGCUGGCCGAGCAGCUGUGCGUGAUGUUUUUGCUGGUGAUGAAGUCACAGCUGAACGCGGCGAUCGCUACCUCGUACAUACUGAUCGUGUGUCUCACGCUCGCCAGUGGCACUAUCAGAUCCACCAAAGGAUUGCCCGGAUGGUUGCAGGAAAACGCUAAAGGUGUGCACACCAAGUACGCCAGUUCGCUGCUGCACACGGCCACGUUUUUGGGCCGCAAAAUGAACUGCACACCCGCCAACGGGAUCGUAUGUCCGCAGCCGGCCGAUUUUCUGAUGGAGCGGCUUGGCCGCCCGAAUCCCCAGGAAACGACCGAUAUUGCCGCCAGCAUUGCUUUUGCCCUGGGGUUGUGUGCGUUCAACAUGAUACUGUACCUACUACCGAUGCCUCGCUUUGUGCGACGGAAGUUCCGCGAGUAGAGAGAGAGAGAGAGAGAGAAAGGGAGAUAGUAAGAGAGAAAUACCAUUACAGAUUAUCUUAAAGUCUAAGGAUAAUCUAUAAUUGUAUUUUAUUUAAAUUAAGUUUAAUUAGGGUAAUCUGCCAAUUGUGGCACAUUUAAGGGCUAACGUAUUUUCAUAUGUUUGCGAUGGAUAAAAUCACAAUAUGCAUGUUAUGCGUGCCUAGUAUACAUCAUUAUUGUUAAAAAAUGUACGCGUAUUUUAUUUUAGGCAGAAAAACUAUGAAUAAUAUCAAGAAAUACAGAUUUUUAAACCUAUACAAAAAUUCAAUUGUUGCAUACUUACAACAACUCGAAAUUCUAUUGCACACUUUAAACCCAAAUAUUGUACACUUCCUAAAAC